AUGUUUAGUGCGCGCGGCAAUCUUUCCGAUUUCCGAGCGUGCACCCUGGGCGGGCUGCAACUUUGUAUACUAGCAGCACCAGCACCAGCACCGCCAACUGCACCGCUACGCAUUGAUACGACUGAUACGCUUUCCGACACGUAUAUAUCCAAUUCACCUCUUGAUUCCUUACGUAACGACCUUAUUGGCCAGCUGCCUCCCUCGCACCGACCCUUACGCAACGCCUCACAGUCACACGACUCCCCGAUCGAGAUGCUAGGCUUCCGUCCGCUAUCCGUGGGCAAGCGGAAAGCCAAGUCGUACAACCAGGCGGCGACCCACGAGCGCGAUGUCGAGGACGGCGAAGUCAACGAGAAGGGCUACCAAAGCGACGACUACGAGGCCUACAUGUCCUCGGGCACCACGAGCCCAUCCUCGUCCCGGGAAUCGUCGGGCGCAUACGACCCGAACCCGAACAACAUCGAAUCGAGACCGCUGCGCCGGUCCUCCAAAUCCCACCGGAGAGCCCCUUCGAAAGCCACCGUCAGCGCAUACAGCUAUAGGAAUCCGCGGGCAUGCACACGAUACUUUGGGCUGGCCGUGGCGAGUACGCUGCUCUUCUUCAUGUACUUCCUCUUCAGCAGCAGCUGGGCCUCGAUACGGAAUGCAGAGCUCGGCCUGAAUAAGCCGCCGCCGCCGCCCAACGUCUGGGAGAGCUUCCCGUUCCUGAAGCGCUACCACGGCGGCGUGCGGUCACUGGUGAGCCGCGAGAAGAACGUGCCCGAAUACCCCACCAAGCAGGACAUCGACCCUGAGCUGCCCGCCGAGGAGCCCAAGAGCGACGUCGAAAAGCGACAGUCGCAGGGCGCACACAUUGCCGAAUCGAUAACAUUCGACCCGUACCCAGACUACAGCGGCGUCAACUACGUGGACACAUACGGGCCGGUCGAGACGUGCUAUCUCGAUGCGAACGACACCAUCAAGGUGCCAGGGCUGCGGGCAUACAAGGGCGUUCCCCAGGGCAUGCCGGAUAACGUCAUUGGGAGCUACGAGACACUGGGUCUGAGGGACGAUGUCUGUUUUGAGCGCUUCGGACGCCUCGGUCCGUAUGGCCUCGGCUACAGCAAGCGGCGCGGUGGGACGGGCGCCGGCAUGGAGGGCGACCGCGAAGGCAUCGAAGACGUAUGGAAGGUGGACGCCGAGGUGGACUUCCGCGACGUCAGCUGGGCGGAGGCGAUCGACCGCUGCCUGGAGAAGAACAAGGGCCGCUUCCAGAAGCAACCCAAGUCCCGGACAGACUCGUUUACCAUGCAGAAACGCGAUGCUGACGACGCCCCCGCAAACGGCACCGUGCUACAACCGAAGGCGGCGCACAAUACGCUUCUUCCCAGGACCGCAGUCCUCGUCCGAACCUGGGACGACUACAACUACGACGACGAAGACAUCAUGUACCUGCGUGCACUCGUCUCCGAGUUGAGCCUCGCGUCGGGCGGCGAAUACGAAGUCCACUUCUUGAUCCAAGUCCACGACGACAACAAGCAGAUCUGGGCCGACGAAGCGAUCCACCAGGAAGUCCUCAAGAACGCGCUACCUGCUGAGUUCGCCGGCAUGGGCACGCUCUGGUCGGAACGUCAGAUGGGCUUGAUCUACGGUGGUCUGGAGGAGUCAAACUACCGCGGGCUGCCUGUACACGGCGUCUAUCGCUCCACCUUCAUGCCAGUCACGUACUUUGCACACCAGCACCCCGAGUUCGACUUCUUCUGGCACUGGGAGAUGGACGUUCGGUAUACUGGCCACCACUACCACCUCUUCGAACAGGUCUCCAAAUGGACGACCGCCCAGCCGCGCAAAGGGCUGUGGGAGCGCGACGCCCGGUUCUACGUCCCAUCCGUCCACGGCACCUGGGAAGAGUUCAAGCAGAUGGUGCACUGGCAGACCCAGCACGGCACAAACAACCAAGCAAACAAAUGGUCAUCACACCUCCCACCCAACCCCCACGUCCCCCUCGCCGAAAUGCAAAAGCCCGAGAAGCCAGUCUGGGGUCCCGAGCCCCCACAAGACUACCCCGACAUCGAAAUCGACGAGUCGGUAAAACCAAACACAACAAUCACAGAAGACAAGUACGAGUGGGGCGUUGGCGAACCCGCCGACCUCAUCGUCUUCAACCCCCUCUUCGACCCCGACCACACUAACUGGAUCCUCGCCGACGACGUCACCGGCUACGAUAAGAAGAAUGGUCUUCCUCCGCGCCGCACCGCCAUCAACACCUCCGGCCGCCUCUCCCGCCGCCUCCUCGAAACCAUGCACCGCGAACAGUCGCGACAUCGCCACACCAUGUUCUCCGAAAUGUGGCCCGCAUCCUGUGCCCUGCACCACGGCCUCAAAGCCGUGUACGCCCCUCACCCCGUGUUUAUCGACCGCAAAUGGCCAACCCAGUACCUCGCUGCUAUCUUCAACAACGGCCGGAAUGGCGCCAGUGGCGGUGCGCGCAUGUCUGUUUUUAGCGAUGAGCGCCAACAUAACUUUUUGGGUACCACUUGGUACUAUCACGCGGGCUUUGCGCCUAAUCUGUGGAAGAGGUGGAUGGGGUAUAAAGUUGAUAAUGACGGUGGCGAGGAAUACGAGGUUGCGGGUGAGGGGAGGAUGUGUCUUCCGGCUAUGCUGCUGCAUCCGGUUAAGCAGGUUGAUUUGGUGCAGGAGAAGGAGAGGGUUGAGGAGGGUGAGAAGGUAGAGUGA